AUGGCACCACCACCGGCUUCCAUGGGACACGGUUACUCGUCAGAGAACCAGCUCCGAAGCCGCCGGAGAUCAUCUGCCUCCUCCACGCGCAGCGAACACUUUGCCGCCGCCGCCACUUCGGCCUUUGCCGUGCCCACCAUUUCCGUUCCCACGCCCACUUACUCCAGCCAUCACCGCUCAUCCUCCAGUACCUCCCAACACUUGUCUCUGCCACCUUUCCGUCAUCGCCGCUCAUCCUCCAGCGCCUCCCAAGACGGCUACCGCUCUCCUAGCCCGGGCAGCAGUAGAACUAGCGCCUUUGUCCUCCCUCCUGGGGUUUCCAUCAGCCAAAUCACGCCCAACGUGUUUGUCGGGAACAAUGCGAGUUCCACUUCGAUCCAGACGUUGAUGCAUUACGGCAUUACUUCCAUGGUUUCCCUUCUAUCAACUGCGGAGCAACAGCUCAACGAAGAUGCGUGGAAUUCACCCGCCUUAGGGAUGUUGGUCCCCAAGCAAAACAGGCUGUUUGUGCGCUGUGAGGAUUCGCCCGAGGAGGAUCUGAUGGGGAAGUUGGCCAUGAUCUGCAAGUUUGUCGAGGACCAGAUCGAAGAAGGGCAUCCUGAGCAACGACAUCGGAAGCAAAGCGUCGAGGAAAUGCUAAAGAGCGUGUUACCUGCGAGUGAGGUGCCCAAGGGGUUUCACACCGGAACUGCUGAUCAGGAGCAGCAGUCUAAACCAAAACAGAGAGUGCGCAGUCUGAUUCCCGAUGAGGAAGGGAACGUUGAAGGGCCGACAUUAUCCCCGCAGAACAUAAAUCCCAAGGACACGACAGAUUUCGAAACAGGUGGCAAAGUCCUAAUCCACUGCAACCAAGGCGUCUCUCGCUCUGGCGCCGCCUGCGUCGCUUAUAUUAUGAAGCAGCAGCCGAACUUGUCAGCACGUAAGGCGGUGCGGUUCGUGCAGGUGCGGAGGAAGGAAGUAGAGCCCAGCGCGACUUUUUUGCGGCAGUUGGGGGUCUGGGGGGAGGAGUGCAAGUUUGAUGUUUGGGAGGAGGAGGAGGAUGUUGGUGGGAGUACCUCUGAUGAAGGGCUGAACGGAAAGGAGGCGCAUGGAAAGUCAGGACAUGAAAACAAGAAGAAGAAAAAGGUGCCCAAAGCUCCUUACAAGAAAUGGUUGGAUGAGCGGGAAGAAAUGCGGAGACAAGUAAAAGAAAUGGGGGGCUUGGUUCUUCCGCAGGGUGGAAUACAGGUUUAG